ACUUCUGCCACUUCUAUUUUGGGAGAAAGACCUCUGCUGAUGGAGUUUACUAUAUAAGCCUUACUUUGGAGCAGUCAGUCAAGCCUAAGUAAAAAGAAUAAAAAGGAAAGCAGAUCAGGAAACUCUUGUUUCCAAUGAAGGACAAUCCAGGUAUACUGUUUCCUACAGAUAUUUAAGAAAGCAACUAAAGCCACCAUGAGACCAGAGUACAGCCCUCUUGGAAACAGCAGCAACUGCACCACUGACAGCAAGAUUAAUCAAGUUCUCUUUCCUUUGUUAUACACCUUUAUUUUCUUUAUUGGCAUAAUUAUGAAUUGUCUGGCCAUGGGCGUUUUUUUCCAGAUCUCCAGCAAAUCAAAUUUCAUUGUCUUUCUCAAGAACAUAGUGAUUUCUGACAUCCUGAUGGUGUUAACAUUUCCAUUCAAAAUUCUCAGUGAUGCAAAACUGAUUUCCUGGAAACUGAGAGGGUUUGUUUGCAAGGUGACUCAGGUCAUAUUUUACUUCACCAUGUACAUCAGCAUUAUUUUUUUGGGACUCAUAACGAUUGAUCGAUAUUUGAAGACUGUCAAACCUUUCAAGUCAUCAAGAACUAACAAAGUAUCAGCGGCUAAGAUUUUGUCCAUAAUUAUCUGGAUUGUCAUGUUUUCUCUUUCCCUUCCAAACAUGAUUCUGACAGACAAAAGGCCAACAUAUGAGAAUGUGAAGAAAUGUGCUGACCUGAAAUCUUACUUAGGACUUGUAUGGCAUGAAAUUGUUACAUACAUUUGCCAGUUUAUCUUCUGGAUUAAUUUUGUUAUCAUAGUUGUAUGCUACAUACUCAUCACCCAGGAACUGUACAACUCCUACAAAAGAACAAGACGUUUGGGAAAGGCAAACAAGAAGACUGUGAAUAUCAAGGUUUUCAUAAUUAUUGGUGUAUUUUUUGUUUGCUUUGUUCCUUUCCAUUUUGCUAGAAUUCCUUAUACUUUGAGCCAAACCAGAGAUGUUUUUCAAUGUUCAACCCAGAAUAUUUUGUUUUAUAUAAAAGAGAGCACUUUGUGGUUGACUUCCCUGAAUGCAUGCUUAGACCCAUUCAUUUAUUUUGCGCUCUGCAAAUCAUUUAGAAAGUCUCUUCUAAAUAAUUUGCAUAAAUGUGUAAUCAAAACAAGAGGGGAUCGUAACAGAGAAACUACAGAUGAAGAGACAACAAUGUAAAGUUAACAAGAAACUGAGCCAAAUAUAGUUUGUAUCACUCUGAUGCAAGAAGUUUUUUUUCUAACAGAAAUUCUACCUCCCUGUUUUUACUGAAAUCAGGAAUUUCACAUACCCCUUGAUACUAACAACCAGCUACAAAAUUAUCACUGCUGCAUUUUCUUUUAAUAUCAUAGCUACAAAGAUUGAUUCACACAGAAAAAAUUAAUUGGACAGUGAGGAAAAAUUCUGUGUACUAAAAUAAAAAGAAAAGCCCUUUAGAGGGAGGGAGGGAGCCCUAAGUAUACAAAAAAGGAGAGACUGUUAAGAAGCUCAGUUAUGGUAUAAGUAUACAUUACUCAGAAAUCCUAGAGACAUAAAAAAAAAAAAAGCUGUUGCAUAAUCUUCAACACAGAAACUAAUAUUAGUAGUUUUACACCUUUGGACUGUUAAGAUCUAGUUCCCAGACACCCUAAUAAUCAACUCCCUCAACUUCCUUUUCCCUUCAGAAAGGCAAAACUCUGCAUCAUUAAAUUAAUAUAUUUAAAACUGAUUUUUCUCAAAGAACCUUGGGCCCUUGGUUUAUUGGAUUAUUUAGAAGCCUGCCUUCCUUGGAUUACUUAUGUAAACCAAACAAGUAGUUUAUGUAAUAUAUAACUUGGGGGUUUACUGUAUUCUGAAAAAAAAUAAUACUGGCAGUUAUUCUAAAUCAUUUUGCCCCAAAUUAUGGAAAAGAAGCACUUAGUUAUAACAAUCUGUACCACAAUUAUUUAAGAACACAGACUAUAAGCAUUACCUUUAUUUUUACUUUAGAAUGAGAAAUAGAUUUUAUUUGCUGUAUAUCAAUGACUGAUUAUGUGCUAUCAAAUCAAGGAUGACAUUUAGCAACCACACAGAUUUUUUUUCCAGGACUGCAUAUCAAUAAACAUCUUAUAAAUCACUGUUUGAGCUUUUUCAGACAAAUAUAUUUAUGAAAUAAAAUUAU